UAUUAUGUCUCCUUUUUAAGACCCGUUCGCCUACGGGUGUAGUAGAGGAAGCAUAAGCCAUACUUUUAGGUGUUCAACGUGAUUUUUAAUAGUAGCCAAAUUCACUAUGUGUGCAAUGAAUGUCAAUAGUUUGCCAGAUGAAGCUUCUGCUGACCAAAUUUCCAAUGCACCAGUUCCACUUACUUCUGCUGCACGACCUCCUACAUCGUUGCUUUUCUCACGAGGAAAUUUGGUAAGCAGCCGUACGGGAAGCGACAGGUCCACCACCGCACGCCCUUCGACAGCUGUACGCGGCGUAGGUUAUGUGGCUAACUCAGCGGGCUCCGGUGGGCAACGUUUCGACCAGCUAUUUUUGGAAAAAACCAAACAGCAAACGCUCUCAUCUACGAGCGGAGCUGUGGAUGCAAAGAAGGAAGUCAAUCCGCAAAUUAAGUUUAAAAAUUUGGAAACAAAAAUUGUGAAGCUUCUCGAACACUCCAUUCAGUUGUCAGCGAAAACCUUCACGAGCACUCCUAAGAUUAGAUCUAGCAACGAAACAUCUCCGAAAGAUAUAAAGUCAAUUUUAACAGAGGCACUUAAUAAGUCCAAGGAAGCUUUUUCACUGGAUCGCACAUUACAUCAAUUUCGAGCUCAAUAUGGAGAAAAUAUUUACCACAAUUUCGAUUUAACCUAUUCGGUGUUCUUUAACCUCGCUGAGCAAUACGAGCGCAAUGAUAUGCACAUCGAAGCGCUUAACACAUACAGCAUCAUGACAAAGAAUAAAAUGUUUCCGCAUGUAAAUCAACUCAAAUUGAACAUGGGAAAUAUAUACUAUAAAAUGGGCCUAUAUACGAAGGCUAUUAAAAUGUACCGCAUGGCGCUGGACUCGGUACCAACUAAUUUAAAGCAACUUCGUCUUAAAAUAACACACAAUAUUGGAAUAAUUUUCGUACGUAUGGGCCAAUAUGUCGAUGCGGCAUCCAGCUUUGAGUUUAUUAUGGCAGAACGUGCUGAAAUCCGCAGUGGUAUUCAUUUGAUCUUGUGUUACUAUGCCAUGGGCGAUGUCGAAAAGAUCAAGAGUACGUUUCGCAAUAUGUGUGACAUUCAAUCGAUUGAAACCGAAAAUGAUUUAGAAAUGGAAAGCAACAUAAUUAAAAUUCAACAGCAUGCGGCCGUCGCUGGUUUGGGUGCAGAUCCAGACGAGCAACAGAGGAAUUCAGCGAAUUUUCAACAAAGCAGUAAUACUCCACGCGGGCAGGCUAUUAAAGGAACACCAAGUGGGAGUGUAGAUGAUAACGUAACCACAUCGACAGCGAAAAAUGUAGGUGAUGCAGAAAGAAAACGUCAAGUCACAAAAGCUCUUAAGCAUGACGAGCUUGCCAUUUACAUAAAACAACAGCGGAAUAAGGAUAAACGCGCCAUCACUGUGAUUGUGGACCUAAUAUCGCCAAUCAUCGAGGAAAAUUACAACGAUGGUUACAACUGGUGCAUUGAAACCAUUAAAGCCUCUAGUUUGGCCUGGUUGGCCAACGAAUUGGAAUUAAAUAAAGCCUUGGUUUACUUGCGGCAGAACGACGUGAGUCAAGCAAUAGAGACUUUGCAAGCGCACGACAAAAACUCUGAAGAAUCCUUGACCGCCAGUGCUCUUAUAAAUUUAACAUUCAUCUACAUCAACCUGGCUAAUUUUGAUAUGGCAACUCACUGUGUUAAUCAACUGAAUGAAUUUGGGGUUUUGCAAACAAACGCCAUGGCACUUGUUAACGCCAGCAUUAUCGACUAUGAGUGUAAAAAUUAUGCUGCAGCACGAACGAAGCUAGAGCGUGCCCUUCAAAUUAAACCGAAUAACUUCGAAGCAAAUUACAAUCUUGGCCUUGUUGCAUUGCAAGAGAGUAAUGUUGAGCUGGCUGAAGAACAAUUUGAACAGCUCAAAGCACAAAUGAUGGUUCCGCAUUCAGUACAACAUAGCCAUGUCUAUUUUCAGUUGGCCAAUCUGCAGGAGAAGCUGCACAGCGAUGCUAUUCGAAAUACCGCAACACCAGCCGCCCUGCAGGCGUAUCUUCAAGUUUUAGGCCUGUCAGCAGCAGAUACCGAUUCACAGCUCUUCGAAAAAGUUGGUUCAAUUUACGAGCAAGUGCAGGAUCAUCAGGAAGCAAAUCAGUAUUACAAUGAGGCUUAUCGCGUUAACCCAAGUGAUAUAAAUAUCGCAAGCUCUAUUGGUUCCUACUAUAUCAAAUUGCAAGUGACAGAAAAAGCAAUUUACUACUAUGAACGUGCAGUUCUGGCCAAUCCUAAUGAUCCGAAUCUCAUGCUGCGUGUUGCCAGCUGCUUUCGCAACUCUUACAUGUCUCCUAAACAAUAUUUUGGUAUUUUCAAAAAGAUUUACGACCAUUUUCCAGAUAAUUUGACAUGCGUUCGCGCUUUGAUGCAAGUCACAAAAUCACUCGGGUUGGCUGAUUUACAUGAAAAGUACUCCGCGGAGUAUGCACGGUUGCAUAAAAUACUGACGGAACGUCAAAUUAGUCAACGCUACCAGCAGCAAAGACUUUCUUCAACAGCAUCCAGCAGAGGAUCGCAUCGAUUAGCAGAGCCGAAGAAUGGAAUAGAUGGCGUGAAUUCCAGCUUCAAUGAUGAUCACUAUCGACAAACUAUAAAUUCAGAUGUUGCAGUAACGCAGCAUAAUGACCCAUUGGGACCGCCUGCUGAAAGACCGCGAACUGGAAUGAUUAGUAAUUCUCAAGACCAUGACUCCGACGAGGAGGAAAUUAAUACUGACAGUUUAUUGCCGAUAUAAAUCAUAUCACAUAUUAGUAGAUCCGUAUAUUUGUGAAGAU